AUGGCCUUCCAAGCCGGAAUCAAUCCCCCAGGAGGCGUUUGGCAGGAUGAUACUGGCCAUGUUGCAGGAACUGCUAUAUGGUCAGAUACUUAUGAUACUGCUUUUAGUUUGGCACUAAUUAGUAACACAAUAGGACUAAUAUCAUCACUAAGUGUCGUCCUUCUCCUUAUCAGCGGCCUUCCAUUCAAGCGAUAUUUCUUGACAUUUUUAAGGAUAACCUUGUGGAUUUCUGUCUCGACAACAGCGUCUACUUACUUGUUCUCGGUAUCUAAUUUUACUUACGGCGGAAUUUGGGCUGCUAUAAUUAUAAAUAUCUGUCUCUUAGCAUGGCUAGGGUUACUGGGAUUUGUGCUCGUUGGACAUGUUGUGCGAUACAUGUGGAAGAAGAUUAGUUGGCCAAAGAAGCAAUCAAUAAUAAAGUUUUGCAAGAGGUGUUAUCCAUGGUCAAAAACCACUACAAAUGUAUCAAAUAUAAGUAAUCAUGUAUAA